AUGGACGCAGUUUUCACAAAUGCGAAGCAGUGGAAUAUCGCAGAGGAGAAUGGUGUACUCUCCUUGAGAUAUAGCGAGAAACCCAUUCCUCAGCUAGACGACAACCAAGUUUUAGUCAAAAUCCACGGUACGUCUUUAAAUUUUCGUGACCUUCUCAUAUCUCAAGAAAAAUACACAUUUGAUCUCAAACCCGGUGUUUUUCCCGGUUCAGACGGUGCAGGCACUGUUGUAGCCAUUGUAAAGCAUGUCACUCGAUUCCAGCCAGGGGAUCAUGUGGUCACUAUCAUCCAACAGCAACAUCUAGCAGGAUCAAUCGAUGCCCGGACAGCCAAAUCCGGGCUUGGCGGCUCCAUCGACGGCACCCUAAGACCUAUCGGGGCAUUUGAUGAGCAAUGGCUAGUCGCAAUGCCCCAAGGAUUGAGUUUCGUUGAAGCAUCCACGCUCAGCUUAGGCCAAUGUGUUAUCACCCAAGGAACUGGAGGAGUGAGUCUAUUUGCAGUCCAAUUCGCCAAAUCUGUCGGUGCUAGGGUCAUUGCCACUACUAGCACAAGAGAAAAAGCGAAAUUUCUUGAGAAUUUGGGCGCAGAUCAUAUUGGAGGUCCUUCAACUUUAGAACAGAGCAUCGCUAGUCUGAAGCUUGAUGGUCUUCUGUGUGUUGUCGAGUCUGUUGGAUCUGCUGGUCAGGAUAUUAAGAUGCCUCAUUUGCUGGACUGCUGGGUGAACCUGUUCACUGCACGGGGUAUAUGGGUUGGUAGCCGACUUCAGAUGGAAGAGAUGAUUCGAGCAAUCGAGGCUAAUAUAGACACGCUCCGUCCGGUAGUUGACAGCGUAUUCCCGCUAGACCAAGUUAAAGAGGCUUAUAGCUACCUGGCAUGUGAACAUCUGGGCAAGGUGUGUAUUAAUAUUGAGUAG